GGCUGGUACAGGUGGACAUAGCGGGGGUCUGAUCGACCCCAUCUGUACUACCUUUACUCAACCUCAGACCGUCAACUUUAGACCGGUGUAGAACGUCCACAGGCUUCAAGGCGAGGAUCAGGAUGAGACGCCCCUCGCUGGUGUACAGUCCCUCAUCCUCCCGCACCUCCUCACGAUCCUCCUCUCCUCCCACGAGCAGCUACUUCUCCUCUCUCACUCCUCUCCAUUCUCUCCCUUCAAGUCCACCGCGGAGAACCACAAGGUCGAUUCAGCAACUACUGCGUAUCUUCACAUUCCACCUUUCUCUGGCCUCGGCAGCGCACUACCUCUGUCUGCUCCUCUCACUCCGCCUUCUGCUGCGCUCACCGCGCUUGAUCACACUAGCGUUGACGCUUACCCUCGUCCUAUCCCUCGAAGGGAGAGCGAGGGCGGAGCGAUUGGGUUUGAGGAACACGAUGGGAGGGAUCCUGGGAGGGGUGGGGCUAGGGUUGGCAGGAUGGACCAUGAGGGAGACUGCUUUGGAGCGACACUGGCAGUGGGGCUGGAGGGCAAGACAAGAAGAGAGGGAAGAGGACGCCUCGCUUGGCGCAGCAGACUACCUUUCGAGGAGACUUUGCCAAGGUGCAAAGAUUGACCUUCCAGGAGGCUCAGGAGACGAUCUCGAAGUCAGCAUCUGUAGCCUAGGUGCAGGCCUGGGUGAGACCACACUCGCCAAGCCUCAAACGGACGAAGCAGAUCGCAGCGAGCUUCAUUUGAGGCUCUCAGAGGCUGCUGCGGUCUACACCAAGGGUGAAUUUGUCUCAAAAGAGGUCAAGAUUGGCGAUGCAGGUCUGAGCCUCGAGGGGGUAUGUCAGACAAACUCUGGCUGUCGAGAGUUCCCCGCCCAUCAUCGCCGCGUGUGUGGUCUGGCAGGCCAGUUGUGGGCAGCAGAUGGAGGUGUCAGUCCUGCCAUCGUAGUCGUCAUUCGUAAUGAUGUCGAUGGCUCGAGUAUCGCCCUUGCCUGCGCGACUUGAGGUCAAUCUACCAUGCACCUCGUACCGCCUGUCUGUGGGUGAGGCUCGACCGUAUGCGUGAGCCUGAUUGUGACCCCGGCUGAGCUUGAAAUGCACCGCGCGCUGCCUUGUGUGCUGCGCUUCGCCUCCCACGCCCGCUCGCUCCU